AGGUGGCAGCUCCGAGACAAGGCGGAAGGUUGUGGUCGGUACCUCCCCAUUUCUAACAGAACGGCUUCUUCCGGGGACACUUGAGGUUCUAUAACGUGCAGUAAAUUAUUUAAAAUCCGGAAUUUUAUCUGUUCCUAGAUAUAUAUUUCGUUAGAUAGUAUUCUUCCAUUCAAACAUGAAAGGAGACAAGCGACUUCUUAUUGUGUUGGUGCUCUCUGCAUUCCUUCUUUGCGCUGAAUCAGCCAGGAGCAGGAAAGAUUCUAGUAGCCAGAACAGUUUUAGAAGGGCGGCCAAUGGGUUUUAUCAAACCUUGAGCAGCAUUUUUGGAGAGGAGAACAUCAGGGGUUUGUAUAAGUUUUUCUCCAAGACCACGGAAAGAUUUGUCCAUGGAGUCGACGCCUUCUUGGACACACUCUGGAAAGUUUGGACCGAUCUGUUGGAUGUCAUAGGAAUUGAUGCAUCUAACCUUAGCCAUUACUUCAGCCCCACAUCUUUGACCAACUCUCCGGCUCGUGCUCUCCUCCUGGUGGCUGCAGUGCUUCUGGCUUACUGGUUCCUAUCCUUGUUCCUGGGGGGUUUCUUCUACCUGCUGCACGCCGUCUUCGGCCGUUUCUUCUGGCUGGCCCGCGUGGCUCUGUUUGCACUCUCUUGCCUUUACAUCUUGCAGAAGUUUGAGGGGGAUCCCGAGCGCGCCGUGCUUCCACUCUGCUUCGUGAUGGCCGUCUACUUCAUGACUGGGCCAGUGGGGGCGUACUGGCGCAGAGGCGGUGGCGCCAGCACCCUUGAGGAGAAGAUUGACCACUUGGACACCCAGAUACGUCUCCUAAACAUCCGCCUUAGCAGAGUGAUUGACAACCUGGAGAGGUCCAGUGAACAGUAGAGACCCAUGGGUCAGUGGUGGUGUUUGGGGCGAGGUGAGUAUUUAGUUUGAAGUAGCUGUUGGGAAUCAAAAAUGCAACUAUUGAAAUUGGAAACCAGGUUCCAUGACUUUUAUUUGACCGUCACAGUAUUGUGUUUUUUAAUGAGACAACUAUGUUUGAAAAGCCACAUUUGGCCAGAAUUUCCCCUAAAACCAGUCUAGAUAUCAGAUGAAUAUCGCCUCGUGUUUCAUUUAACUGAAAAGUAAAACUUUAACUUAAUGUAUCAAGUCUCAUCCAUAGAAGCAAAACUAAGCCCCAGUUAGCUUAGUAGUGAAUACAUGGAGUAUGUUACUUAUUGAGAAGGCUGUCUUAGAACCAAAUGUGUUAAUGAAGCCAUUUUGUUUACCCAGUAGCAAUAGGAUUGAUAUAGUGAAUAUAUGUGGACCUUUUUUUUUUGUAUACAGCUUACUGUGUGAAUGUGUUUUGCAGCACUAGGCGUGCAUUUGAAUGAUUGUGCUUGUGUGAUUCUGUGUUUGUGUAUGUGGAAGAGCAAAGGGAAUGAAUGCUAUUGUUUUGGCUGCUUUCCCUCGUAAAACCAAUCUGUUUUAACUUCUGGAUUAGUGUUUAGUGUAUGUGAAAACGUAGAAUGAAGUGUUGUUAAGACCGUGGUGUGUUAGGCAAAUUGGGAAUGAAGUAGUGAAGUUGCCCUCUGGACGCCCUACAUAGGCACUGAGUUCUCAGGGAGAGAAUUUGUAAAAACAACCGUCCCACUGAAUUAUGUAGAGCAACCAGAUAAUUUCAUGUUGCAGGAUCUUGUCAGAAUAAGUGUACACACACACACACACACACACACACACACACACACACACACACACACACAGCAGUUUGGAGAACUAUGAUUCCCUCUAAUCUGUUGGUAAAUGUUGAGUAAUGGCUGAUAGUUGUAAUGUGAUAUCAGCAUUGGGAACAUGUCAUUUCUGUUCUAUAGUGUGGAUGAUCCUCUGAUUGUUAAAGGGAAUCUAAUGUCUUUGUCCCAUAUAUUUUCCCUGCAUCUUUUUAAAACUGGAAAUGGGUCACUGAUGUACCUGAAGUUCCUCUCUGUAACUGAGAUGUACAUAUAGUUUUUUGACUUAGAUAGAUGGUAAGCAGAAUAGUUAUGUAUUUGCUCACCUAUUGAUAUCCUAAAUGUCACAUUCCUAAUGGACAAGUCUGAAUUUUUUUUUCAACACCCAGUGAUGUUUUAAAAAAAACCUUGACAUUUAGUGUGAAUCUUGAAAUACUUUUUCAGAGGACGUCUGCUGUUCUGAAAUAUUUUCAUUAGUUUGUAGCUGUGCAAGGACCCAGUGGGGAAGAACCACUCUAGACUUCCCUGGGAACUGGGAUUCAGAUGUGAACGACAGUUGCCAGCAUUGGGGACCAUGUCUAAUUUGCCCCCAAAAGCGUCACUGCAUUCCAUUGAACUGGGGUUUCAUUGGACCCUAUACCUAUUUUGUCCUUUGUAUGUUUGUUUCAUGCCCAUCACACUCCUACUGUAUGCUAACUUGUUUUUUAGCAUGUUAACCUAUUCUUACUUCACAGCAUUGGCCAGAUUGUAUGUGCAUUGCUAUGCGCUUUACACAGCUGACCAUCGGUCUGACUCAACCGGUAUAUAUCAAUAAUUCAUAUAGAAAGUUUAUGACUUACAUUGUGGUUUUUAAUUGGAUAGCUUUAGAGUAAAGUUUUUGAAAUGCCCUAAUAAAGGUAUGCAGUUUUGUAAGUUGCCAGUAGAAUCUCAGUAUAACUUUGCACUGAUGUAUAUAGAGUCCAUCAUCAUUCUGUCUGAAUGAGGAGUUCCUGUAUAGAAACAUGUGAUCAAGGCCCAUCAUCUGUAUGAUCUUGUUUCAACUGGGUUUUUAAACCUUAGUUGUCUUUUACACUCACAGACUACUAUAGUAGAAGAUAUGUCGUACUGUAGUGCAUAUAAUAUCUCUCACUCUGUGCACCAAACCUGUCAUGCUACAAACAUGCAUAAAAAUACUAUCUGAGUAAAGAUGAAGAUGUGUGUUUUUCACUUUGGUUAGGAGAAGUAAAAUCACUGUAAUAAUAAGUAAGAAUGACAUUGCUAUUUCUUUUUUCUUUUUUUUUACUGUUGAUACCUGUGUCAUGGGUCUUUACUGUUGCUUCAGUGUCUCUCCAUGGUUAGUUGUAGAUGAGAUAAAAACUUUUGAAAUUACAAUGUUUUGCCACUUUGAAAAUGUUAAUAAAUUAAAAAGGGAAGUAAGUGAAUAUUUACAGAUUUAUUGAAAUAUUGCAGUUACUGAACAUUUUCAUCGGAUGCCUAUUCAUCCUAAUUUAUUGAGUCAUUAUGUCAAUGAAAUCAUGUGUGUUUCAGAAUCUCAACAUGUUUCUUUUACAUGUAUUGCUAGGGAAAACUGUCUAUGAUUUAUAUUGGUGUUAAGAUAAGUUCUUUCUCUCAUUUUGUGUGAGUCAGUUUUUUUUAUGGGGGGGGUACUUUGUUUGUGUGUGUUAUUUUUUUCUUUCGUGUUGAAGGCUUAUAUGCAGCCGAAUCAGAGGUCCAACAGUUGAUUAAAUGAACACAUUAUUGUAUCUUUU